UAGGUCAUGUAGGCAUUCGCCUUCUGAUUUUGAAUCUGGAAAUUCUGAACCUGUGGUAUAAGACUCUGUUGCAAAGUAUAAGUUAUAAAUCCGCAGGAUUAUGCGUCCGGUGGAGCAUUUGGCAAAUUAGUAAACCUUAGGAGCUCGUUUCUCUGCAACAACUGACUCUUGGGAGUUUGCGCGAUUCAAUCCAAUUAACUUUCCCCGGCAGGAGUACUGCUGAUGAUCAGGGUGUAUGGACUAAGCGAUGGAUGAACGAAGGCUGUACUUUGUGCUGUUCUCACGGACAAGCUUUUCAAACCAAAUUCAAGCUUGUCAAGCUUUGGAUUUGGACAAGCGUUUCAAAUCGUUGUUGUUUUCUCAGCGUUUCAUCCAAAAAUUCCAUCGUGGUUUUGAAUUUGGUUUGACAAGCUUGAUUUCGGCAGAAUUGUUAACGACUUAAUGCCUUGUGUGCACGAUCUGUACGUGGUUUAGUCGAGAGUAUGCUGAUUGUGGAUAUAGUACGAAAUUUGUUGCUCUACGACGACGAUAACGCAGGUUGCAACUUGUGGUUGAGGGGUUGUGUGCGCUGCAAUCCUUUCCGAGGUUGUGCUAUUCUCGCCGUUUCUGUUCGCGACAUGGAUGAUCCAAUAUCUCCUGUGUACAAGAGUGGACAAGAUAUGAGCAGGAGUGGUUCUAGAAUGUUUUCCUCUGGAUGGUUUGAAAUCUUCGGUCCCUACAUACCUAACGUACUGUUUGGAUCCCACGUUUGGUUCGAGUUUAGACAUUUCUUUGAAUGAUAGAAGCCCUGAAGACCAACAAGCCUGUGAUCGGGAAAAUUAGCGCCAACAUCUAUCUCACAUAUGCUUGUGUUUCACCCCCACUUCCGAGCCUGAGUGGUCCUGCUAUUUACGAUGUUUAUUUAAUAUGGUGUUCAAAAUGAGAUAAGUUUGAAAAAGAUUUUCGAAGAAACCUUAUUGCUCUGAUAUCUUUGAAGGCGUGGAUGAUUGAAUUAUCAAUUUUUCUUUUGAAAAGUGUGAACCACUAUAUAUAUGCCCUCACUUUUCCACCAGUUUUUAUUCCAUUACAUCAACGUUGUGUUAAGUACAACGAAGAAAGAAAAUAACGGAAUCGUGUAUUUUUUUAUGAGAUACGAAUAUCCUACCCAAUUUGCUUUUGAUGAUUUCCGAGCACCCUUUACUAUCCUCACCGCUUUGGUUUGGGCUGGGGUUUUGCACAAAGUUUGACCUUAGUUUUUCUCAUCUUCACAAACAUGGCGGGCAUUCGUGUUUAUCAUCGUCACAACCGCUCUCCAUCGAAGGUGGGGCAGGACCAAGACAGCAAACGACGAAAAACUUCAUCACACAGAAAGCUCAAGACAACUCGAGGAACAGAGAGAAUCCUUCUUGCUUCGAAUGGCGAUAUUUCGAAAAGAGACGACAAAGAAAAGGUCUUGCAAGGUGCUACUAAUUUCGACUCUGCAUCAACAAGUCUCAUGAGAAAUAAUCUUACAGAAGUUCCAAUGGUGCGCAAAUCGCCAGUCACGACUGAAAGAGAAGGCCCACAUAUUUCCCCAGACAUUAUGGAUCUUAUUAUCAGCAAGCUUCCAAUGUCUAAGGUUAUGCAGAUGCGGACACUGAGCAGAGAUUGCAAGAACACUAUUUUUCGGUCAACAUUUAUCAAUUCGCGUCGGAGCGCAAUUUCAGAGGGUACGUUCAGCCCAGUUGUCUUCACCACAGAUCCCUCAGGAGCCUUGCACUGGCUUGGGUUUGACGGGAGUUCGUGGUUGAAACUUCCUCCAUUGAACUUCUCACCCAAACAUUUUCCAUCUCCCGACGCCGACCUCUUCAAGGACUACCUUGUGGCAUGCCAUAGAGGCCUCUUGUGCAUCAACGUAGGCAAAGCACCUGACUUCGAAAAAAUUAUUGUCUGCAACCCUCUCAAACAGCAGGUAAAGGUCCUUCCUCCGCUGAAUUUCCGUAGGCAUCCUGUGCUGAUGCACCUCCGGGUGUACGACACUGGUCACUACACGGUUGUGGUGGCUGGAAGUGCGGCCAUGGGAAACGAGGAACUGUCCUUCAAAACGGAACAAUAUGAUUCCAGAACUGGGGAAUGGGAGUGUCCUGAGGAUUCAGAUUUAUCUGGACUGCCCUUCUGUCUUAACGAAUUUCAAAACGGAGCUUACUAUAAAAAUGAGAUUUCCGGUGAGGAGCUUCUGCUGUGUGUCGGUUUCAUCGAAUCACAUGGAAGAGGAGUUCUGGUGUAUGAUUUGAAGAAGAAGAAGUGGAUUCCAGGUCACCUUAACCGUCUCAUUCCGCUAAUGGACAAUGGACGCGGUGGUGCAUUGGGUUGCAACUUCGCGUCCACCCAGAUUGUGGAACACGACGGAUGUGUGUAUCUGUUCAGCGAGCAGGAAUGCGGGAACGAAGCGUAUUUCCGCAUUCACAAGUUGAACAUUGAUGCAAAAUCCUCAAACAAGAUGUGGGUCAUCAUGAUGGUGGAGAAGAGGAGCAGAGGACGAGGUUUGCUCGUGUAUCCGGAGUUCACUUGUGUGCCCUUCGAUGACCACCAGUUGGCCAUCUUUAACACCAUUGAACACACCAUAGAAACUAUUGACUUCUCUAAAUCCACCGGGACCGCACUCAUCCGAAAAGAAACACUCCCAACCCUCCAGGGUAACCGCUUUCACAGCUUAAACCCCGUUGGUUUUGUGUACCGCCCAAGUUUCACAGAACUAGUCUGCCCUUCAAGCUCUUGCGAUGUGAAGACGCAAAUUUGCAGCGAAUGCGAAAGACGGGAGAAGGAAAAAUUUGGAGGAGGGUGAGAUACACAGCCUGAAUCAGAUCUUUGUUAUUAUUGUAUCCCUCCCCCUCCUCCGGAAAUUUCCUCUCUCCCUAUUUUGCUAACCUCUCUCUAUAUAUAUCUGUGUGUGUGUGUGUGUGUGUCUGUAUGACUGUUUUGUGGACCCUUUGUUGCAUAUUUGCUGUCAUGUCAUGUCCCCUCGCCAUAACAAUAUACUAAUAAAACAAGCCGAAUCCAUUGUUAUCUUCACAACCUCCCUAGAAGGUCAGUAGAACGUCUACUAGGUGUUAUUAUUAGAAGAUAACAGUAGUUGGCAAUGGCAACGGAUGGUUCAGGUAGACGGAAAUACUUCAAAAAUAUGACAACAAGAAUCAAAAGAACGUACUUUUGUAGUCUACAACCAUCUGUUCCUGCAAGCUGAUAAAUAAAUACAUGUUGGAAGUUUGAAGUAUACUCAUCCAACAUAAGAGUGUUUGUAGGGGUGAAUAAGUGUAGUAGCAUUCUCUUCACUUUCUUGUUUAUUUCCUCAAAUAUUGUUGUUUUUUUAUUAUUA